AUGGCGACCACGACGCCAACAUUACGGCCGCUGAGCUGCUGGAAAACUCUAUUGCGACAGUCGUCUAUGCAAAAGGUAGCAACGCGAUCUUUAACGACAUACUUCAAACCAAAACCUAUCGAUCCACCAAAAAGACCUCACCACAAACUGAAAGUCUAUCCACCUCCGCCCUCAGCCAAAGCUGCCUUCAAAGAGCCGAUUAAAGAAGUAACAGCUUCUCAAUUGGCUAUCCUCGAUCCCACCGGCGGCCGAACAACCCUUUUUUCGAAAGCCAACACAGAAGCGGCGAAGGUCGGCGACAUUCUUCUUGUCCGUUUAAAAAAUGGCGAUCCCUUCGCAGGCGUAUGCAUAAACAUUCGAAGACGCGGUGUCGAUUCGGGGAUUUUACUGAGGAAUGAAUUGACGAGGGUGGGAGUAGAGAUGUGGUUCAAGAUCUAUAGCCCGAACGUGGAAGGAAUUGAGGUCGUACAGAGGAAGGAGAAGAGAGCCAGAAGAGCGAGAUUGACAUACAUGCGCAAGCCUAAGCAUGAUGUCGGUAGUGUGCAGAACAUCGUGUUGGCGUACCAGAGGACGAGGGGCGCUCUUAGAGGAAACGUGGAAGGUGGACCAGUCGGUCAUGAGAAUAAAGGAGGCAAGAGGAAGAUCAGGGCAAAGGGCAAGGGGAAGAAGUGA